AUGUGGUCCGACAAAAUCAACUCCCUCUCCGUGGGCCCUCCCGCCAGCUCCCCCGACUGCCCGAUUACAUGGCUGUUCCGGAAGCUCGCCCCGUGGAUGCUGAACAACGACUCGUUCGACGCCACACUCCAGUCGGCGCCCGCGCCCGACGACGUGGUCCGGGCGAACACCGACGACGGAAUUCGAUCGAUGCUGGUGUUGGGUGGUGGUAAGGUGUUAUUGGGUUUGUGGGCACGAGGGGAGAAGGAAUUUGUGCUCGAGUUGUCGUCAUCCGAGUCGUUGAAAGGGUCGUCGUCGAGUGGGGAGUCGGGGGACGAGUUGGUGGAGGAGGAGCGAGUUAGAUGCUUUUGUCGAGGGUUAUUAAUAUUGGGGUGGAGCGUGAUUUUGGGAACGAUUAACGGUGGAGGAUUAGAAUGGGCGUGCGCCUUUAGGUUUGCGAGUUUGGUGGUUUCGUGA